AUGUCAAAAUCUGCCUUGGACUCGCUGACCAGAAGCUUGGCCCUGGAGCUGAUCCGGAAGGGGAUUCGCGUCAAUGGGAUCAAGCCUGGGGCGAUUAGCUCGAAUAUUAUGCAAAAGCAAGGAGCUACAGAUGAGGCUUUGCAGCAGUUGGAAAAGAAAAUGUCGAGCAGCUUCGCCCUGAUCCCGGCUGGAUUCUACGGAAAACCAGAAGACAUCGCCCAUCUUACCGCCUUCCUCUGUGAUAGAGAGCAAUCCCGCUACAUCAUCGGCCAGAGCAUUCGCGUUGAUGGAGGAACCUCGUUGGUCUGCCCAAUGAUGCUGGGUGAAGAGAUAUCGACUGUUCAGAAGCUCGAAACGAACCAA